CACCGCCUCUGAAACAUCUCCUUUGUCUCCAACCGUUUGUCUCUUCCUGAUCCCUCUGCUCUCCUAGGCGGCAAAAUUAAACACUUCUUCACUUCUCCUCUCUCUUCCUCUCUCCUUUGGUGGAGUACACACGAGCUGAGGUGUUAAGUUGCAGCGUUAUAUAUAAGGCCGGAUGGUCGCUCUCGACUCGUGCGUGAGCAUAUGAACUACUGGUACGCCAAGCUUAUAAUAAGUAGGUGUAGCCGGCCGGUCGGUUUCCUUUGCUGUGUGGCUCGGUUGCCUUCGUGCUUCGCUCCGUACGUCGAAGCUGGGAUCUAGAUCGACCGAGAUAUGAGCAUGGCGAGAACAAUGGCGGGCGUGAGGCAGUACAAGAGGUCCAAGGUGCCACGCCUCCGGUGGACGCCCGCCCUGCACCGCUGCUUCGUCCACGCCAUCCGCAGCCUCGGAGGCCAGCACAGGGCGACGCCGAAGCGAGUUCUGCAACUGAUGGGUGUGGGCGGGCUCACCAUUUCUCAUGUCAAAAGCCAUCUGCAGAUGUACAGAAACAUGAGGACUGAUCUUGGAAUGCAAGGAAUGAUGCAAGCGCAACAGUGGGAUCAGGAGCACACAUACGGAGGGAUGGAAGUCUGCAUCACUGAUACGCAGCAGCAGCAUCGUGAUCAUGAGUGCGACGUCCCCUUCUACGACUCCCCAAAGCCUAGAAAGGAGCCGCUGCUGCUCCUUCACCCCAACCUGAAAAGGACAGCAGCAUCUGAGACGACGGAGGCGAGACGUGAGCGGCAUGGGGAGGAGGACGCGGGCGCGAGCCCCACGAGCCUGCUUGGAUCAGGCCAACGAGAAGGAAUACGCGAGAGGGACAGGACGUCGUCGUCGUCGAGCCGGCUGCAUUGCUGCGGCCUCGGGUACGUGCAGCCCCGUGCGCCGGGAAUAAAGCAAAAGCGUCUGCAGCGAGAGCUAUGGAUGCCUCCUGAACUGCACGGGGAUGCCCAACAUGCUGUGCCAUCCGGGCUCGAAUUCCUGGGCUUUCUGGUGGCUCCUCCAGCUGCCUGCCGCCGUGGCCUCCCUUUUGAGGUCUGCACGGUUUCCGGCCAGCCGUUCGAGCCGACGUCUUUUUCUGCGAAGAAGUUCGAGCAGCCGACGUCGACGAUCCGCCCCGCCGGGUUCGUGAAUCCAGCCUCCCCGGCCGCCGAUCACGACGAUGGCUGCUCUCUCUCGCUGUCGCUAGCGCUGGCGUUGUGCCCGGGCGCCGGAAGCGGCUGCCGCCAAGUCGCGUCUUCCACAGCGUCGUCGUCAUCGGCGGCGAGCCAGAUCAGCCUCGACCUAUCGCUGUCCACGCUGGACUCCUAAGAUCCCGGCCCGCGCGCAUAUAUGCCGUAUGUAUGGAGUUAUUGAGCCGCGCCUUUCGGGCUUUCGGGGUCAGUUUAGUGUAAAUUUAGGCCCAGGCCUGGCCCAGCAUAUGGCUUAGCCGCAACUUCCAGUUUGCGGCCUUUGGUUUGUUUGCUGGGCCCAAGAUCCGAGAACCAGACAACAAAACUGUUUGGCCAUCUGUUUUUAGGGUGGGUGGGUGCAUAUGCAACACUGCAGCCGGCGAUGGAAGUCUGAAAAAUUGUCUGAA